ACAUGCCACACCGUGACCGAUGCAUCUUUCUUCUUGCCACAACCUUGCGAAAUGUUCUCACUCGGUAAAACAUUCGUAAAUCGACUACAAAGAACUCUCGUUGAAUCCGAAGACACUGUAUGGCAUUCUGGAACUUUUCUUUUCUGCCACUGCUAGUAUGGCAGUAUUCCUCAAACUUCUGGUUUGGUCACUUUUUUCAAUAUUGGUCUCAGGUUCAAGUGCUCACGGCUUCCCAGCCCGUCGUGACAGAACCUGAAUCAACCAUAUAUAUACUACAGCACUUUGUUCAAGCGAAGAGCCGUACUUCACGGAUCAGUCCGAAUGGGAUACAGUGCAAGUACGCGGCCAGUGCACGAGUACCCAAGUCCUUCAAGUACAAUUUAAUGGAAUGACUGUCUUCCUCUAUGGUCUGGACUCUGGCUAAGCCUACUACUAGGGGAGACUGGUCCGAACUGGGGGUGGUUCCUUGGCGUUGAAACAGUGUAUCUGCGACUAUGUGCCUGCAUGUCAAGUACUACGGCACGAGUCAUCGCUAUCAUAUGCCGGGAUUGUACUCUGAUCAAUACUAGGUGUUUCCAG